UGGUAGCGGGGCGGGUAGAGCGGCUCCACGGAAAGAUGCGCUCUGUGAGCGGCGGCAGAUCCUACACAGCCCGGGCCGAAAACCUGAACACGUGACCGCUCCGCCGCGCGCUGAGCAUGGAGGCCAGCGGGAGCGCUCCGGGGGCCGUGCAGCGCUUCGGCGCCGGCAGCCUGAUGAUCCUUCCGCGGACAAAGCAGAUCCUGGCGUUGCUGUGGGAACACCUCCGCCUGCUGAUGCAGGUCAUCUGCUACAGUCUGAUGGCAGUAUUUCAGAUGUUCCGGUUUGAAGUUCAUGUAAGGAUCACGGAUGAAGCAGGAGAGCACAUUCAGCACAUGAGCAGUACAUCUAGAGAUGCCCCCGAUGGCUUCCUCCUCUCUUCCUUAUUCGAAAACAAAAACAACGGGGACCCCUUUGACCCUCACUCUUGCUCAGUUCUGUCCAGCCUGGUAAACGAUGAACUCUGUUGCUCUUUGGUGGAUGACUUUGUGUCCCGUGCCACAGAGUGUCUCUCAGAUACUGAGGAGCUCUAUGUUGGAGAGCCCAGCAGCUGGAAACACAGCUGGAAUGUCCUCACAGGUUCUGAAGCAGAGGACUUCUGCCCUGUAACUUUUAGUGCUUGUGUCUCAAGCCUUUAUCAGAAAGACUUGCAGAAGAAAGGGAACUCCUUCACUGAAUUUGAUUGUAAUUUAUCCGGUUCACCUGUGGAGCGGAGCCAGAGGCCCUGUCGUCAAGAGUCUGAAGGCCAGAGUUCGGACAGCGAGGUCAGUUGGGGAGGUUCAGACAGCUCCUGCGUGGAGGUGGACAGAGAGGACAGUGACCGACUUUGGGACCUUCUGACCCACUCCGCGGACCCGUAUCAUCCGCUGCACUUCAAAGCAUGUGUGUCUAGCUUCAAAGUAGAUCAAAAGACGUGCACAUCUGCAGUGUCAUUGAGCUCUGAUGCAAGUGAACAUGGAAGUAAUGAAACUCUCUUAUCAGAAGAUGAAGAGGAUGCAUUGUGGAGAUCACUGUCUCUCCAUGAUGACCCAUACCACCCACUGAAUUUCAGAGCUUGUCUGCAGACUCCAUCCACUGACAACAUGCAUGGGCAUACAAAGGACUUAGCCCGUGCUGGAGGCUCACCUGAUUGCCAAAGGCAAAGUAAUAAAACACCAACAGACCUUGAGCAAAUAUAUACCAAGUGCAAAAAGCCUGUUUUGCCACUUAGGAGAGUUCUUGGUCAUCAGUGUCAUCAGCUGUCUGUGGAAAAACCCUUUAAAGUGCACUGGAAAAGACAUCUAAAGCAGGUUGCUGGGGCCAGCACAAAGAAGAUCCCUUUGGUGAAAAAGGUAAAAUUCUCUCCAGUUGUGCAAGUUCACAAGAUGCGAGCCUGGUCAUUUGCCUUUCAGGCUUCUCGUAAGGGACCGUGGGAGGAGCAUGCCCGGGACAGAGACCGGUUCCAGAGAAGAAUUAUGAAAACUGAGCAGGCCAUUGGAUACUGUUUCAGUUUGUCGCAUAGGCAAAGUUUACAGCACACUAACCAAAUAAUCUAAUGGUCUUGAACUGUUUUGUGUAUAUCCUGAAGGACUUUCAAUGGAAGGAAAUGUUGUAGUUUUGUGGACCGGCCUCAACUUUUGCUUCAACUCAACUGUCAUACCUCAGUGAUGUGAAAACUCAUUUGUGACUAGAAUAUGUCAUGAGAAGGAUUUCUUUACCGUGUGCCUUGUUGAUCGGCUAUGUAAAUGAUGCUGUAAAUGGAACAGCUGUUAUGUGUAUAAACACUAUUUAAAGUAGUAAGAGGGGACGGAGUGGAAGUGGCUGUGAAGGAGAGGAAAACACCAUGUGUGUAUUUGAACAAAAUGGUAAAUAAAGUAGAUAUUUCAACCUA